CUGGUUGUGCUCUUGACUUUGGGUAACAAAAAGUUAGAAGUAUUCUAGUGAAAGUAUUACAGUUAUUGGAUAUAUUUUGGAGAGUAUUCAUCAGGCUGCAUGCUUCAUGCAAUCAUAUAGUUGCCAUGUGUUUCACACAGCAAAGUUGAUUGUAUGUUGCUUGCUUACUGAACGCAGCUUGCUAGCUUAGCUAGCUAGCUCAGCUCUGGCAAAAAUGAAACGUUUUAUGCGGGCAACAGUUUUUAUCUUUGUUUUGUCCUUGAAAUUACCCCAGUCUUUUUGCUCCUUGUAUGAGAUCUCAGUUGAUGUCGGCAGGCCAUUAAGACGGUUGGAACAUUUCUGGAGAAGCACUGGUUUCUGCCCUCCUCUCCCACACACCCAGGCUGACCAGUAUGACCUGAGUAGGGACCAGGAGCUGAACAUGGCCUACGUGGGCUCCGUGCCCCACGGGGGGAUCAAGCAGGUCCGCAUCCACUGGAUGCUCGAGCUGGUCUCAGCACAAGUUAACAAAGGAGUUCUGUACUACAACUUUACUAAACUGGACCAGCUGAUCGACCUCUUAUGGCUCAAUGGACUACGACCAGGUUUUGAAUUGAUGGGCAGUGUUUCCAACUACUUCACCGACUUUGAGGACAAAAGACAAGUGCUUGAAUGGAGGAACUUGGUGUAUCUCAUUGCAAAGAGAUACAUUGAGAAGUACGGGUUAGAAAAUGUCUCCCAGUGGAACUUCGAGACAUGGAAUGAACCCAACAACCAUGAUUUUGACAACGUCACUGUGUCAAUCGAAGGGUUUUUAAACUACUACGAUGCUUGCUCUGAGGGUCUGCGGGCAGCAAACGGUGCCCUGAGGUUUGGAGGUCCAGGAGAUUCCUGCCACCCCGCCCCCCACUCCCCCUACUGCUGGGCCAUGCUACAGCACUGCUACAACGGAACCAACGUCUUCACUGGAGAGACAGGGGUCCGCCUGGACUACAUCGCCCUGCAUAAGAAGGGGGGAGGCUAUUCCCUACCCAUCAUGCAACAGGAGAUCCAGACUGUGAGAGAGAUCCAGGAGCGGUUCCCUAGCUUCCGGGCCUUGCCUGUGUACAAUGACGAGGCAGACCCCCUGGUGGGCUGGUCCAGACCCCAGCCUUGGAGGGCCGACGUGACCUACGCUGCCAUGGUGGUCAAGGUUAUCUCCCAGCACCAGGACUUGCUGCUGGCUGACCGCAACAACACCAUCAACUACACCCUGCUGAGCAACGACAACGCCUUCCUCAGCUACCACCCGCACCCCUUCACCCAGCGCACCUUGACAGCCCGCUUCCAGGUCAACAACACCCAGCCGCCCCACAUCCAGCUGCUCAGAAAGCCUGUGCUCACCGUCAUGGGCCUGCUGGCGCUGCUAGGAGAGACCCAGGUGUUCACUCAGGUGGUGGCAGAGGGAGGGUCUGUCAACGGCACCGUGGGGGUCCUGGCCAGCACCCACGCCCCCCUCGUGCCAGGCACCUCGGACACCUGGCAGACCACAGUGCUGGUCUACAACAGCGAUGACAACAGCACCUCCACCUCCACCGACCACCUCUCUGUGUCCCUCCAGGCCCUCCCGGCACACAAGGGUCUUGUGUAUGUGACCUAUUACCUGGACAACAACGUAACCAACCCCUACCAGCUGUGGCAGAGCAUGGGCAGCCCUGACUACCCCACCCCAGAGCAGUUCAGACGACUCAGGAGCAUGGAGGACCCGGUGAUGGAAGGACCCUUGCCUGUGCCUGUCAGGGGCACUUUGACCCUGAAGGUCAAGCUCCUUGUGCCUUCCGUCGUCCUGCUCCACGUGUGUGCCCAGCCCGGGACGGUGCCAGGCCAGGUUAAUGGAUUGCGAUUCAUUGGCAUAACCAAAGGCCAAGUCCUGGUCAUAUGGUCAGAUCAUUGUGUCAAUUCAAAAUGCAUCAAGACAUAUGAGGUGGAGUUGUCCCAAGAUCAGAAGACCUUCCUCAGAGUAAACACCAAAGACUCCAUCUUCACCUCAUAUGUGUUCUCCCCAGAGAGCCGGGAGGUGAGCGGUGUCUACAGAGUUAGGGCUGUGGACUACUGGGAGCGUCCUGGGGAGUAUUCACUCAUGGAGAGAUACUCAGAGGCACACUAAGGAACCAGGCUUAUGGUCCAACAGCAGCAGCUUGAGGUUUUUGACCAAACGAAUGUCUUACAGUGAUAGUAUUUGUCCAUUGACAUAAAUACUGUUUUGCGAUAUUAGACAUUGUCGGUUCGCUUCAAGUAUAAAUAUGCAGUUUUAUUUUUUUCAAUCAUGU